AUGGAUAAAUUCGUGACUGGGUUGAAAAUAAAAUUUAAUGAAGCAGAAGAAGAGGGUGGUGAAAAUAAUGGAAAUGUUUCUUCACAAAAUAGUAAAACUAAACAUAGAAAAUAUGAUCCAAUGUACUUAUUAUUGGGAUUUACGUAUAAGAUCAUUAAUGGUCAAGAACCACCAAUGUGUUUGCUGUGUAUGAAUACUUUGGCCUCAGAUAGCAUGAAACCAAAUAAAUUAAAACGUCAUCUGGAAAAAGUGCACGCCGAUCAUGUUGGCAAAACAAAAGAAUUUUUCCAAAGAAAAUUAGAUAGCUUAAAUAAACAGAAAGAAUCGUUUUCAAAAGCUUUGUCUGUAUCACAAAAAGCGUUACUUGCGUCAUACAAAGUUUCGUAUCGAAUUGCUAAAUGCAAAAAACCACAUUCAAUAGGAGAAACUUUAGUACUACCAGCAGCUAUUGACAUAAUAGCUACGAUGUUUGGUAAAUCAUAUGCUGAUCAAAUUAAAAGCAUUCCGCUGGCAGAUAAUACGGUGGGAAGACGAAUAUCAGAUAUAUCUGAUGAUCUUUGCGAUCAGUUGAUAGAAAAAAUUAAAUUAUCUUAUUUCGCGUUGCAAGUAGAUGAGGCUACCGAUGUUGCUAAGGAUGCACACUUAAUAACAGGCAUCGGCAACCUACGGCACUCUGGGGUUUUGAAUGGCACUCUAUAA